CCUCCAGCUGAUGGCUGGCUGUAAAUACCUUUGGUUGUCAGGAAGUGAACUAGUGUGUGUGCCAACUGGAAAAUUAAGGGACAAAACACCUUCAAGCAAAAAUAACCGAAUGAAAUAAUCGUGCCUUUGAGGGUAUAGUAAUUAUAUUUUCAAGAAAACUGGAACGUAUCAGCUUUGGACAUGGAGAAGAAGCGUGGAAGGAGUCAACCAUGGGGGAAGUUAGUAAAAGUGGACACUCAGUCUGAAGUAUUGCUUGUCAACAGGGAAUGCACUGUCGGGCGAAGAAAAGGCUGUGAUCUUUCCUUUCCUGCUAACAAACUGGUCUCGGGGGAUCACUGUAAGAUAGUGCAAGAUAAGAGCUCAGGAUUGGUGUGGCUGGAGGACACAAGCACCAAUGGUACAGUGAUUAACAUGUCUAAGCUGGUGAAGAAGCAGAUUCAUAUGCUGCAGAAUGGAGACGUCAUCUACUUUGUAUACAGGAAAAACGAACCAGAGCAAAACCUUGCCUACAUGUAUCAGUCCAUAAAACCAGAGAGGACAUUCUCACAAGACACAAUUGGUGGUGCCACCAGAUGCUCAGUAAUGCAGCAGAAAGUCCAGACCUGCCCUGUUACAGCAGCAGUAUGUGUGUCUGUGGAGCCAUUCCUUGUUGGACCUCCACGGGAGCAGCAGGCCUUGGAUGAACCCCAGCCCUCCACCUCCUCCCACCUCCUCCACACAGUCUCCUCCUCUACAGCCUGUUCCUCUGCAGCCUCCCUCCUGCACUCCUCUGCCUUAGACACACGACAGACUGAAGCCCAGAACCGAGUCACAAUGUUGUAUAAGGAGGGGGACAUGGAGCCAGAGAGAAAAAGGAGGAAAACUGACAGUGCUGACAAGGACUAUGAUUUUGGACUGCCACAUACUUCCAGUAUUGCGGUGGUCGGCCCCAGCCCAGCUAAGGGUUUUCUUAUCGGGGAUCUGUUUGGAAAAGCUGCUGUGGCUGUGACUGUGGAAGAAGCCAAGACUGACAAGAUGGAGGAGUCCCUAACCUGUAUCAUCUGUCAGGACCUACUUCAUGACUGUGUCAGCCUGCAGCCCUGUAUGCACACCUUCUGUGCUGCGUGUUACUCUGGCUGGAUGGAGCGCUCGUCUCUCUGCCCCACCUGUCGCUGCCCCGUAGAGAGGAUCCGCAAGAACCACAUCCUCAACAACCUGGUGGAGGCCUACCUUAUCCAACACCCGGAGAAGUGUCGCAGUGAGGAGGACCUGAAGAGCAUGGACAGCCGGAACAAGAUAACUCGGGACAUGCUGCAGCCAAAGAUUGAGCGUUCCUUUUCUGAUGAAGAGGGCAGCUCUGAUUAUCUCUUUGAGCUCUCCGACAACGACAGUGACACCUCCGAUAUCGGCCAGCCUGUUGUGAUGUGCAGACAGUGUCCAGGCUACAGGAAGGAGGUCAGCCAGGUACUGUGGGCCACAGGGCUAGCCCCUCUAGGACCAGCCCCACCAGCUCUUCUAGGACCAGCCCCACUAGCUCUUCUAGGACCAGUCCUACCAGCACCUCUAGGACCAGUCCCUCUAGGCCCAGCCCCACCAGCACUUCUAGGACCAGCUCUUCUUGGACCAGCUCCACCAGCUCUUCUAGGACCAGCUCCACCAGCUCUUCUAGGACCAGCUCCACCAGCUCUUCUAGGACCAGCCCCACCAGCUCUUCUAGGACCAGCCUCUCUAGGACCAGGGGAAUUAUCAACAUGCUCUGAUGUCCCCACUACAGCUCCUCAGGAUUACACCUGUCCUCCUCUGGGCAGCCAUGUCAUCUGCACCUGCUGCCUGCAACCCAUGCCAGACCGCCGCGCAGAGCUCAUUGGCCAGCAACUCUCCGCUCAGCAAUGUGUGGCGUGCCUGCGGCCCUUCUGUCACAUGUACUGGGGCUGCCAGAGGAUCGGCUGUCAGGGCUGCCUCGCACGUUUCAGUGAACUCAACCUUACAGACAAAUGCCUGGACGGUGUUCUGAACAGCAAUAACUAUGAAUCAGAGAUCCUCCAGAGUUACUUGUCAGCCAGAGGAAUGUCGUGGAGGGACAUGCUACAGGAGGGUCUUCAGGGCCUGCAACAGGGAACCUUCUAUCUGUCUGAUUAUCGCAUCAACAGUAACGCCAUACUCUGUUUCUGCUGUGGCCUGCGAGCCUUCGGGGAGCUGGCCUACAAAUACAGACAGAACAUCCCUGCCUCAGCGCUUCCUGCUGUUGUGACGUCUCGGCCAGACUGUUAUUGGGGACGCAACUGCCGUACUCAAGUCAAGGCACACCAUGCCACGAAAUUCAACCACAUAUGUGAGCAGACCCGUUUCAAGAGCUGAAGAGCCUCGUAGGUGACCUGCUAUGCAAGGCUCUCCUGCGAACACUGGAGUACACAGACUUCCAAGGAUCUCCUGUAUUACUCUCAUAUGUACAGUGAUCAUUUUACUCCCUUAUUAAGCAGCACCUUGCCGUGAGGAAAGGUAUCUCUUAGGUAAUAUAACUUGUAGUUCUCUCACAGGCUUUAUAGGCUUAAGUAUUUGAUGAUAUGCUGAAAUUACAAUCACACUCUUUUUGCUGGGUCAUGAUUAGCCAGCCUAGUGUUAUAGGUAUAGUAGGGGUGAGUGGGAUAAUGCUAUGCACUCCACACAGUAAGAGAGGAUUCCCCUAUAUGAUGAUGACAUACUUAUAUCUUAUGUGGAAUAUGAUCAUCAUCGCCCUUCAUUCCAGUAUCAUGUCCUUUUGGGUGAGGGAUAUAUAAAAAAAAAUCUGCUGAAGACCGUUGGCAAUCAAAAUAGACUUUGGCCAUACAUGUGCUGUUACACAGGAUGCAAUGCCAUCUUUUGUGACAGUUUAAGGAUCAUAUUGAUAUUAGUAAGAUGUUGAUACUUUUCCUAUUUCCAUGUUUUCCUUUCUCUUAACUUGUGGUCUAGUACUUUAGAUAUCUUGGAGAAUUAUGUAUUGGAAUUAGAAUCUAGAGCUUCCUACUCAACUGCUUACUGUGAUGUUCUAAACAUCUUAGUAGUAUUCGUAUGUUGGUUAUAGAAACUUCCCCCCAAACAAACUAGGUUGAAGCACAGCUAUGUUAUCAAAAGACUUAUCCAUAUACAGACUUUGAGGUUUCUUGUGGUUCAUAUAUAUGGAUGACAGAUUCAGUGGCACCAUUUUGAAUUCAGACUGUUGCUGCUUCUGCAUAUUAAUAAGACUGCUAACUGAGAAGACAAGUGCUAUGGAAAGGGAGUUGUUCUUAGUUUUGGGAAAGGGGGAAUUCUGCUAGUUUGAUGUGGAUUUCCCAACAAGGGCAAAAAGCCCUGUCAAAGCUGAGAAUAACAUGGUUCAACUAGAAUGAAUGGGAAAGUUAGUUAGGAUUUCAGUUCUUCCGGUAGGGAUAAGGGUUAUAUGUGGAAAUGUAGUUUUAUCUGAGGCUGGGAAAGGCAGGGGUAUUCAGUUAUAUGCUUUGCUCAGGGUAAUCAACAUAAAGCUGAUUUUAAAAUGGUGCAUUAGAGAAGCUUUCUCAGACCUAAACUAGUACUAACAGCCAAUGCAGUUUUUUUGUUAGAAUGCACAAUGGUUUGCUAGAGUUUAGGGGGUGAAAUUUUUCCUCCUUGUUACAUUAUAUUAAGUUAGUGGUGUUGGCUAAAUAUAUUAAUUAAGCAAGCAACUUGAUCAUACGGGUUCAAACCAGGUAGCCUAGUAGCCUAGUGGUCAGAGUGUUGGGCCAGUAACCGAAAGGUUGCUGGAUUGAAUCCCCGAGCUGACAAGGUAAAAAUCUGUCAUUCUGCCCCUGAACAAGACAGUUAACUCACUGUUCCCCGGUAGGCUGUCAUUGUAAAUAAGAAUUUUUCUUAACUGACUUGCCUAUUUAAAUAAAGGUUACAUUAAAAAAAAGAAUAAUAAUGAAACAUUAAGGAUUGCCAUUCUGUUAAAUUAAGGACAUGUUUUCAAUAUAUAGGAAGUGUUACCUUGGAGCAUGUUGGAUAGAUCUUAUAAUAGUUUUGUUUAUCAAAUACCAUGGUAUGGUCAAACCUCAUCAGUUAAACUUUAAUUGGUGCAAUUUCCCAUAAUAACUGAGGAAAUAACACAUUGCUGUUUGGUCAGGCAUUUUUAUUUGGCAGUGAAAGUACCCGUACCAAGUUAGAUUUGAAGAAAACAACAUUUUGUCAUUUCUAACAAUGGAGACUGAAAGUGGGCUCCAUUGCUCUUAGAAAAGAGACUAGAGGUGUAAAAGUCUCACGCUGCCAGACACGUUGCUGCAUUCUUGCUGUAGAAGAACUGCUAGGGUGAUCUAAAAACUCCAGGAUUAUAUUAUGAGACCAUUAGGUUGCAUUCACACAUGCAGCCCAAUUCUGAUAUUUUUUCACUCAUUUGUCUUUUUGACUAAUCAGAUCAUCCCCAUUUGCCAAUAAAUGGGCAAAAUAUCUGAAUUGUGCUGCCUGUGUAAAUGCAGCUUAGUUGUGAGUAAUCCUGCCUGUCUAAUUCAGUGUUGCAGUUACACAGUACUCAUAGAUACAGGUGUGUCACUUUUAUAGAUCCACCCGAGACAACUGGCUGUGUCUUACUUCCGUGUUUUGUCUCAUUAGAAGACUACUAUCAACAACCAGGUGUCCAUAAUGUUGUGUAGAACCACAACAGUAGACACUUGUCUCUUACUGUUUAGAGACAUUGGUCACAUUCUCUGUAAAUUACUGACAAGUCAUUAUUGAAGUCAAAUCGGCCCAAUGACUGCAGACCUUUAGUCUAGAUAGAAUGGCCUGAUAUACUAAUGUUAUUCAUGAGGCCUUAUAUAUUGAAAAGUAGGAAAAAGAUAACUAAGUUGUUAGUAGUGAAGUAGAGUACAGAAAAUACAUUUUGUAUGCAAGUCAUUAGAUUCUGUUGCAGUAAAAAAAAAUACUUUGACAGAAAUGCAAUGAGAUUAUUCACUUUGUCAUUUAGUAAUUUUAAAUGUAUAGUUUAAUUUUAAAUCAUCUGUCUUUAAUUUUGUAAAUUGUGACAUUAAAUUGACAAUGAUUUAAGAGGAAAAAGUAGUUUGCUUGAACUGUUAGUGUUUACAAGCAAGUCUAGCUUUGAGGUUUUUUAAUUAUAUAAUUCAGCUCACACACAUUGAAUGUAUGAAUCACUCAUUUGAAGACUUAACCAAGAUUACAAUUAGGUUGGGAUUCAAACAAACACAGAUUAACGACCUGUUCACAGCUAUAGACUUUUGAAGGCAACUUCCCAAACGUUCAUGGAGAUCAUGUAAGGCCACGGAUGUCGGCUCGAGCAGAAAUGACCUUUAAAAGUGCAUCGGAGCACACUGGUACUUUAUCUGCGUUUGUUUGAAUCCUGGCACCAAGCUGAACUGUAAUAAGCACUGCAGAAACGGUGCAGGUUCAACUCUGUCCUGUAAUUUCAAUGGAUAUUAAAACAUCAAUUUAGAAAUAUCCUUGUGCAAUCAAUGUGUGUGGAACUCAGGAUUGGAGCUGAAACUCUACUUAUGUCGCAAUAUACCCUCAUUGGGACUGUUUAGUGGCAAUAUUCACACGUUCAGACCGACUCUUCUGGGCUGGUAUAAAGGGGGGCAAAUAUGGGCACGCUUUCUGCCAGAGCUCGUGUCUUUAUUUGGGAUCUUACGGGCUGGAUUCAAUCCGUAUCGUGGUAGAUCCACGUAAAGAUCACUUCCAAUUGAGCUGACAUCUGCAGCGUGUACAGUGAAUGCAGUCUCCGCGACCGGAUCUUCAGCGCUACGGAUUUAAUAGAGCCCAAAGUCGCGGUUUCCCUGUUGUGGGUUCACACUGUGGCAUUCCUCAGAGGCUCAGGCAAUAGCUCAGCACAAGCCAGCCAGCCAGCCUAUCCCUCCCUACAGCAGCGCUGAACCUUAAUUAUAACAGGAGGAUCUGGGCACCCUAAGCCAACAACAGUGCAAGCCACCGAUCAGGAAUGGGUGUUAAGGAGGCUUUGGAGGGUGCUUUGCAUUCUUAGAGGGAAACGCUGUAUUCUAGGGAAAAUAUUUACUCUGUGAGACAGUCUGGACCGAGAUGCUCUGUACUAACAGUAUGGCCAGUCACUAUAAAUGCUUUGCCGGGGCAAGUUGAAUUCUACCUCAUCAGAGCUCCCGAGACGUUCUGAACAAUCCGGUCUGUACUUUUAUGUUUUGUGGAUUCUAGUAAGUGGAGGACUGACUGGACGGCAUUUAGAGUAGCGCUGUUACGUUUUAAUGCAGGGGAACACAACUGGUCCUCGGUUGAAAGCAGCUGCUGUUUUUUUUUUUUUUGCCUUUGUCAAUCGGCGACCAAUUUAAAGCUGGGAGUUCAACCAGGUGUAUGCACUGCACUCUGAUCAAUUAGUUAAUCAACUUAAUAAAGUGGUAUUGAUUUAUCAAUAUAUAGCCAGGUAUAACUGAAAACCAAUGGGACUGUGAUUCUUAAGGACUGGAGUUGUGAUUCCUAGUUGAAUGCCUUUGUGAGCUUUUUGUGCCCCCGGUAUUAGCAAUGCUAAAAUACGUCUUAUGUAUAUGGCUCUAACAUGUCUGUUCUAGUGCACUAAUAACGUUUUGCUAAAUGUGUUCCCUCAUUGUGUUUAAGAUGCAUGACUUGCUACUGGCCACUUUCAAUGGACAUCAAAUGAUCAAAAACUGAAGCAGCAAUUUAUGUAAACCUUUAUUAAAAGUUCUUUGCACAAAU